CAUUGGAGUACUAACGCAUUUCCUGCGUGUUCUCUGUAGCGUCGCUGAAGCCAUGGUGAGCUACUGCCCCGUCUGCGGAAAGCCCGUCUAUUUCGGUGAGAAGAAAAGGUCCCUUGGGCGGGAUUAUCACCCACUGUGCCUGAAGUGCCACAAGUGUAAGAGACAGCUCACUCCUGGCCAACAUGCAGAGCAUGAUGAGAAGCCCUACUGCACAAACUGCUAUAUGAGAGACUUUGGACCUAGAGGCAGUAGAGGACCAUUGUCUCGCACCUGUAACACUGCUGCCUCUUAAGACAUAUGUAUCAGUAGCACCUGUAACAUCUCCAGCCACCUCUACAACACCCCCAAACUGCUAGAACUUGGUCUACACCUAUAGAUCUCCAUCUCCAAUUGCCAGAACCACAUCUACACCUGCAAGGUUUCCAUCUCCAACUGUUACAUCUCCAUCAUCACCUGCUAGAAUCCCAUCUAUACCUCCAAGGCUUCCAUCUCCAACUGAUAGAUUUACAUUCUCAACUCUUAGAACCUGGUCUACAUCAAUUAAAUCUUCAUUCUCAACUGUGAGAACCUGGCCUACAUCUGCUGCAUCUCUAAAUCUCCAACUGUUAAAAGUAGUUUACACCUGUUAGAUCUUCUCUUCCAACUAUUAGAUCACCAUUCUUGACUGUUAAAGCCUGGUUAACAUUUGCUUCAUGCCCUUUCCCAAUUGUCUUGACUUCAAUGUGUUUGAAUCUCUACCCUCAGUUGCUAGAAUCUAGUCUACACCUGUUUGAUCUUCACCUCUGACUAGUACCUCAACUUCUGGAAUGUGGUCUCCUUCUACUGGAUCCAUAUUGAUUUGCACCUGCUAGAUCUCCAUGUGUUUAAAUCUCUACCCCUAGCUGCUAGAACCUGCUAGAUGUCCAUUUCCAACUGUUAGAUCUCCUAUCACAGCUGCUAGAACUUGGUCUAUAUCUGUUAGGUCUCCAACUGCGAAGACGUAGACUCUAAUUGAUCUAUUAGAUCUCAAGCCUUGGUUGAAUUGAAUAGAACAACUAGAAUAAUCUAAAUAUAUAGAUCCGCAUCCUCAGCUCUAUCUAACCUUUUCCAGCCUUGUUCAUCCUCAUCUACAUUCCCAACAUGAAACUCGUUUGUAAACCCUCGUCACACGAGGGUUUACAAACACGUCACACACCUCGUUGGCCCUCUCCCACCACUUUGGAAGAUGUUCAGUUGUGGCUGAGAAAGCGUACAUGCAAUAUUUGACAAUAAAGUCAAAGCCGCUUCAUCGCUGUCAGUGCAGCAGUUCUGCUUUUGGCUCUGAAGUUUCCUUCAGAUGUCUUCAGUUUGGCCUACAAAGCAAAUCUGCAUACGAUUCAGUAAUCGAUUAAAUCAAAAUAUCACGUAACCUUUUCAUCCUCUGUUGCUCUCUCUGGGUUUGGAGGAUCUCAGUGUCGGAAGCAAAGGGCCACUUUGUUGAGGAAGCAAAAUAAUCUACAGAGCGAAAAAAGGGAGCAGGAAUUAAAGGAGUAUUCCAGUUUAGCAGCCUUUAACAAACUUGUAAUAGAAGCCAAUGGGCAAUUGCUUCAGCACCUUAUGGGAGGUGGAUUGUUUUAUUGGAACUCCAACUGGAGAUAACAUUUGUACUUCUUUGGAAUGUACUGUAUAUAUGGUAUAUGGCCAAUUACAGGGAAUUCCACUAAUUUUUAGACUUUUUCUGCAUAUUUUAUAUGUAAGAUGUAAACAAAGUCAUUCAGAGUGGUUUAAUAUGAAAUGGUUAAUUGUAGAGAAACUUGCCAGCUCUUUUCUUUCAGUGCAAUGCUUGGGAACCAGGCAUCACAAUGUCUAUAUAUACUCAAAUGUUAGUAUUUUAUAUGCUAAAAUAUGGACAUACUAUCUAAAAUGAGCAGUGAACCUUCAUGUGUCUUCUGAGUUUUUAUAUAUAAUGUGAAAUUUUGUUGUUGUAGUUUAGGGCGUCUGGUUCUAUUUAUGAUUCCAUUUCAAAUCUGUUUACGUCUGAAAAAAAUGGGUGGAAUUCCCCUUUAAAGAAUAUUAAAUGUAAUUGUUUUAACAGCUGGUGAAUUUCAACGUUAUUUCAGUUUUAAAACAUCUGAAAAUUUGUCCUACAUGGAUUUAUUAAACAUAUUCUGUGGGCUGA